ACUAUUAAUUGUUGAUUGCGAAUUACUAGGUCGCUUAUGGAGGGCUCUUUAGGUCUGCGGAAAGGUGCUUGGACUAGUGAAGAGGAUCAUCUGCUAAGAAAGUGCGUAGAAAAGUAUGGAGAGGGGAAGUGGCAUCAGGUUCCUUUUCGAGCAGGCUUGAACCGUUGCCGGAAAAGCUGUAGACUGAGGUGGUUGAACUAUCUGAAGCCCGAUAUCAAAAGAGGGAAAUUCACGGCUGAUGAAGUUGAUCUCAUGAUGAGGCUCCACAAGCUGUUAGGCAACAGAUGGGCAUUGAUCGCAGGUAGACUUCCAGGAAGAACAUCAAACGAUGUGAAGAAUUAUUGGAACACCCAUCUGCGCAAGAAGAUGGUGAAAGAUGAAGUUGAGGAGACAGUGAAAAUCAAUGCUAUAAGGCCUCGUCCUCGGACCUUCACUAAGAACCUAUACUGGUUAGAAAGAAAAGAACUUCUAGAGAAUGAUCAAUCAGAACUUCAUAUUCCUCGCAAACCCUUUUCCACGACCCCUCCAUCAGAGGAUGGACUGAACUCAUGGUGGGAAAGCUUAUUUUCUGACAAGGAAGAGAAUAAAGAAAUCACGUGUUCCAUAGAGAGGUCAGCAAAUGAGUCCAUUUCUUGCCUCUGGGAUGAACAAAUUGCAGCAAUGCCAGAAGUAGGGAAGACUUCUAUUACAAAUGGCCAAAUUGAAUGGACCGAUUGCUCUUUCGAUAUGGACCACCUCUGGGAUCUCAUAAAUGCAUGA